UCCUAGCAGUUUUUUGUUGCUUAACAAAUAAGCAUGAAAGUUAUAAAGAAAUGUAUAUAGGCCUAUCAGCUGUUACAUCACAAGGUACAAAGGAAGAGCACAACGAGCUGAACUCAUAGAGAUGAUAGCUGAAGGUUGCUCUGCUGUUACACGAAGUAUCUGUUAUUCAGUUACAGACGACUGCACAAAUCAUGCAUACUAAUGAAAACAUUAUAAACUGUUACCUAGAAGUAGUAAACAACUGUAGUUUAGGCAUAAGUCAGCCGCGACGCUGAGAAUAUAGUUACCUUUAUGGAAUAAUCCACUAAUGUCUUGAGAUACAAUGUGAACUAAUAUUCUCAGUUGCACGUGCAAUCGCGCAUGUCUGCGAAACUCAUUUAUAUUAAUGCUCCAUCUUCGGAAACCGAAAAUCUCAGAAACCGAAAAUCUCGUAACACUGGUCAAUUUAAUGGCCCAAUAAAAAACCAUGAAAACCAGGACAUUUUCAUCACUUUAUAAAAAACAACCAGGACAGCCAGGACAGUAUGUGAAAACAGGACAUGUCCUGGGAAAACAGGACGUUUUGUCACCCUACAUAAAAUGACCCCUAAAAGGUUCAAUAUAUGAAGCACCCGACAGAACACUUUAAGGUUCUAUAUAGUGUCCAUUACAUGGUUAAUAUUGCUAUGAUAUGUCUUGCCACGCCCACAGGGCAGUAGGCCUACUACUGCUUGACAGGAUGCACCUGUAACUAGAUCUCUCACAGAUACAGCGUUGCUUUAUAAGCACGCAGUUAUGUGUGGCAUGGACAUGGAUUUUUAUUCUUCCAUGGAGAUCGCUGAUUAAAAAGCAGAAGAACACAGAAAGAUGUCUGGUUCAGCCCAAUAGAAGCCACUGUAACUUCCAAUUGUAGACGCCCUUCCUCAGUAUACAAUAUGAGUUGAUUGUUAUAUUGUAAAUUAGGUAAGAUGUGGUGUCACCAGCAAACCAGUCUGCGAGACAGUUUCUUUUAUGGGCAGUACUGACACUAAAACGAAGGCAAAGUACCUGUUAUACCAGUCUGUGAUCAUUGUGCUUUCGUUUCAUUUUAGAAGGAGGGUGGCAUGAGAUGUUUGAUUUAGUAUCUUUUGUUUUGGAGCUGGGAACUUCACUGUAAAUGGCAGGAUUUGCAGAGGGUUUUUGUUGUUGUUGUUUGUUGUUUUUCCACAGAUAUUCAAUAGGUUUUCGAAAACAAAGGUAUAAACAGGUGUGUGUGUGUGUGUGAGAGAGAGAGAGAGAGAGAGAGAGAAAAGGUCACAACUGACAAUGGAAAAUACCUGCCACUCCAGGGUGGAGCAUUUCCACAUAUCAGUGCCAGGCUCAGAAAACAUAUCAAUAUAGGCUAGAGUGAUUUAGUUUUUUCAGCUUAUUAACAAACAAGCUUUAGAUUUUAUAGUUCUUUACUGUAUGUCAUUAAAUUACAUAAUGUAUAAUUGUUAAUAUCAACCUAUAUGAGCUUUGAACAUGUUUGUUACUGUAAAAUGUACUAAUAUUAACACAGUUGGUACAAUGGAAGGUCACAUUAUGACUUAAAAGUGUAAAGGCCACCAUAAGGGUAAAACACAUGACCGUAAAAUAAUUCAGUAAACAUUAUCAACCUCAUCUCCAUUAUAAACAUUAUAUUAUCAUCAUCUCCAUCAUCAACUCAGAAAAGUUGAAAAAAUAGCAUGCACGCAGUAGCUAUGAAUGUCCUUCGUGUGUUUGCUAAACGACCAAGGAAGGUGAGCUUGUUCUGUGCCUAACCAAACCAGCCUCCUGUGAGAUACUGAAAGUAAAAGCAUGCAAAGAAAGUGCAGCCUGUUUUGGUGUUUGCCAGACAAUGCCUCACCCGUGUAAUCUGAGGACACGUCGUGCGCUAUAAAGCUGUUUUGCUUCACAUUAAUAUAGCCUAAUGGAUUCAUAAUUCUCAUUAAACAUGGACUAUAUCUGUGAAACAGAUGCUGAAUUGCAAGAUAUUGUCUCAGACCCAAUGUCUGAACUCUUACCUGACAAUGUCCUCUCAAAAUAUAUUGAGUCCAUUCUGGAAGAAACCGAAGAAGCUAUUGAUCCCAACUUCCUUGAUAACCUCAGUUUUAUAAUUGACACAGACACAACUUGCACACAACCUGACCAAGUAAUAGGCCAAGACAAUUUGACAAACAAAAGGUCAAGAAAGCGAAAAGUUGAUGCACCUUCAAACAAAACCCACAAAGAUACUGAUGGCAAACCCUUGUACAAACGCAACAAAAAAGCAACAACGUGCUCAGAAAGCCCCUCAAGUGAGAAGACGCCCACCAUUACAUCCCAGGGAAGUUUCCAGUUGAGCUCAAACACAUUCCAAAAUAUUUUACGUAUUCCAUUCAGUCCCCCUCCUCUGCCCUCUAGUGGUGGUUCAGCACUACAGUUCAGCAUCUGCCCUUUUACGCCGCCUCUGAUCGGCACUGUGGUUCCGACAUGGCCCACGUAUGUGCUUGUGUCGCCCCAACAUGUGAGUCCAGGCACUCAGAUACUUCCUCUUUCACCUGCUGAUGGCACAGUUGCCCCACCGGAGCUCACGGUUUCAGUACUCCCAGUCGGCUCAUCCUCAGACCGUGCAUGCAAGAGUUUACCAUCAGUAUCUGUAGACACGCUCUCCCCUACAAAAGAAGGAAACCCACAAAAGAACACUGAUUCCCCACCUUCCAAAACCGAAAGUAAAAUCCGCCCAGAAGCACCAGAAUGUGUUAAAGAAUACAUACAUCACAUAAAGUCCCGCAUGAGAGAUGUCUGCUGCACUAUGCGUGGGGGACUGGCAAUGGAAUCACAUUAUGUGGAUGUGGAUGUGACCCAGAGGAAACUACUUAUCAAAUCUGGCAAGAAUGCAAACAAGUGUCUGGAGAAGGAACUGGUAGUCCUCAGUGAUUCAGAGCGAAAGAAAGCAAAGCUGGACAGAAGUCAGUUAUUUCAUAACGGUGAUUCAAAACCAAAACAGUCUGUCGCUCUUCUCGGAAAAGCCGGAGUGGGAAAAACCACAUUCAUUCAGCGUUUAUGUUUGGACUGGGCGAGCGGCAGCCUGCCUCAAUUUCAGUUUGUUUUUUUGCUGAACUGUAAAAUUUUAGACUUCACACAAUCUAACUACAGCUUGAAAGGUUUACUGUUGGAUUUGUCUAUGUCUCCUCGCUGUGAGGACUCAGACUCUGUGUUCAAUCACAUUCUGUCCUGUCCUGAUGAAGUUCUCAUUAUCUUUGACAGCUUUGAUCACAUAAAAGACUUUGAAGGGCUUCUUCAGUGCCCUGCUAAAUCACCCACCAACACUAAAUACACCAUCAAACAGCUAUUUUCGGGUUUGUUCCAAAAGGAAAUCCUCUCGGGGUGCACAAUUCUCAUCGCCACAAGGCCUAAAGACGUUUUAAAUCAGGUGCUGCGAAAAAUCGACAGCCUUUUGGAGCUAUGUGGCUUCUCUCCUGAAGACAUUGAGUUGUACACAUCAAAAUAUUUUGAGGAUGCUUCCCUCAAAGAGAGUGCACUAAAAAAGAUUAAGAAUCAAAGCUACAUAUUCAGUUUAUGCUCGAACCCGUUACUUUGUUGGACUACCUGCUACCUGCUUGAGAACCAAGACAGCCGCAGUGAUGAUUUGCCUUCAACCCUCACAGACUUGUACCAAAGAGUGACCUCCAAGUAUCUGCAACAGGCUACGCUUGGAAACCGCUCAUUAUGUAAGAGGAAACAGCCAGACAUCCCACAAUUGUGCAAAAUGGCAUGGGAGGGAUUCAAGAAUCACAAUACAUGUGUAAACUCUGCCAGUUCAACAGAGCUGCUAGACUGCGGCCUUAAAAGUGGCAUACUUGUAUCCUACGAAACAUCUGAGCGACAAGAAAACCACUUUGCAGACCUCUUCACUCAGAACCUCCUGAGUGCUUUGCACUUGGUGCAAUCCAAACAGGUGAAUGAAAAAAUGGUGGUGGCAAACAGCAUAGUCCAGCAGAAGAAACGAAAGGUUCAGGGAGAGUCGCAGGACUUGCUGCAGAGGUUCGUCACGGGAUUGAUCUUCCAGAAGACACCUGAUAGAGUCAGCAUCCUGGACAGCAGUGUCAACAUAAAGGCCAAAAGAAAGGCUGUUGAAGCCCAUCUGAAGAGCAUGAAGCCUAAUAAUUUGGUUCCUGCCAGGUUAUUAGAACUGUUUCAUUGUGUUUAUGAGACCAACGGAGACAAAUUUGCCAAACUGCUGUUAAAAAGCCUGCCUGACAAUCUGUCGUUCUGUGGGGCACAGCUUUGCCCUUCAGACGUGUACGUCAUAUGCCAUCUCCUUCAACAUGCCGGCGCAAUGAAGCGGACCUUCUCCAUUAACCUGCAAGAUACAUGUAUUCCCAUCAGUGGCCUGAAAGAGCUUGUGGGACUCAAAUGUAUAAAGUCAUUCUGGGCACAUACAGCAGACACCAUUGGCUUAUGGGAGGACUUGCACCAAAGCAAUGAUGAAUUGAAUCUGAAAAAAGCCAUCGAGAAAUUCACCUUGAACCCAUUCAAGGCAACACAAGGUUAUCACAUAGAGAGCCUACCUGACCUUGUCCGAAUUCACAGAGAGAAGAAGUUACCAAUGAGUGAAUUUGUGUCUGCGCUGGAUAAAGGUGUGCCAGCCCUCCUGCAUCUUCAGAGACUAGAAUUUGAGCUUGGAGUUCAGAACGGUCCAGAAGUUUUCCCUAAACUGAUAGAGGUUCUGCCUUCUCUGCAUUCUCUCCAACAUCUGGAUAUUGAGAAAAACCAAAUAGGAGACUCUGGAGCUGAGAAGCUAUCAGGCGUUUUAAAUUUUUUGAAAUGUCUGAAAUUGCUAAAUCUGUCUCAAAACUUCAUUGGAGAUGCCGGGGUGGAGAAACUGGCUAAAGCUCUGCCAUCCAUCCCUUCUCUACAGACCCUCAGUCUCUAUGGAAAUGCGAUUGCUGACAGUGGAGCGGAACACCUGGCUUUGGUUUUACCAGAAAUGAAAGUCCUGCAGGACUUGGAUGUCAAGUUCAACAAGUUCACAGACAUCGGAGCUACAAAGCUCAGUGCUGCUCUGAAAAAGUGCACUGGAAUGAAGUCUUUGGAGCUGUGGAAUGACUGCAUUCCAUAUGGAGUUUUUGAACACCUUCGUCUUCAAGAUUCACGAAUAAGAUCACUUUGACACAUUCUUACAAUACGCAAUAUUUUUUUACAAAAAUAUCAUUCACUAUACAAUUCAAUAGUUAAUCGAUAUUUGCCAAGGAAGACACUAAGCUGCUUAAAAAAGUUGUUCCAUUUUCGCACUGAAAUUACUUUACAUUUGACUGACUUGCACUUUCUGACAUUUUUGUGAAUAUAUGGUUUUUGGCACUAAAAGUUGUUUUUUUACUACAAUAAACGAGUUCUAUGAGUCUGUUUUUA